UGAGGGAUAGUGCUGAAUACAAAAUCAACAGCAUUGGAGUUAUUAUGACAACAGAAACCAGUUUCGCGCCAAGUCCGUCCUACUUUAUGUGCCGCGUGGUGUUCCCCUCAGAGAGUGGUGCGAAGUCUUGGCUAGCUCCAGACGAGAUCUGCUGGCGGGAAAUCGUCGAGUAUCGGACUUCUGACAGGAACGACAACUCUGUGCUUUAUCUACAACUCCUGUUCAUGGACAAACCAAAUCGAUUCCAGGAACUCGUUGUCAAGCACUUCAGAGCUUCAGACGAUAUAAUGGAAAUAACACCUCAAAUAUUUUCAAACACAAUUGAGGAUAAAGAACAGUUUGCAGCGGCUGUGUCCAUCAAACUGAACCACAGAGGUUUGUUGGUGCUAUGCUGCCGUCCACGUACUGAAAGGAUACCAGUACUGCCAUCUGGUGGGAACAUCGUAUCCAAGUUAAAUGAAUCUAUUCAGCUGGAUUUCCCCAGUCAAGCAUUCAGUAAACCUGGAAAUGUUAUUCUUGCGGUUGAUGAAGUCUCAAAAGUGCCCCAGACAGACCACAUUUUAUCUCUGUCACAUUUCUUCAACGUGAGGCAUUCCUCUGGCUCCGAUCCCGUCAAAGAUGUCACAGUGACCUUGCCGACCCCUGAUGGUUUUAAAGGUGAUGGCGAAGUGGUAAUAAUGUCAAGGUCGGGGUCACCAGCUUAUAAUGAUGACAGUGAUGGUAACGAUGGUGAUGGUGAAUAUUGGCAAGAAAAGGCGAAAUGGAAGAUAAUGGAUGUGCAGCCUCGGGUUGCGGGGAAAAGUGUUUCAUUCAAAACAAGUAAACUUGGCUUAACAUCCCCAGUGGAAGUUGAAAAGUGGGCCACAAAGACGAACAUUAUAACUGAUACUGCACGAAGAUACGUCAAGCGAUCUCACCAAGUGAUUUGUUUCAUGGCAGUCGGGAAGUGUCUAAAAUACAACACGUUUGAUAUCGUCAUAGAAUGCUUACACCCUACUCAGUGUUCUCGUAGACUGGACGAAUGGGCGAAAGAUGACUAUAAGAAGCUGAGAGUCAGCGGUGAUUUCCAUGCUCGGCAGGCUUCGAAAUUCCGUUUUCACUUACACGGGAAUCUCAGCAGUGUGUACACGUUACAGGAUCUUUCCCUGGACAUGUUUCCAGGACAGGCCAGCCACCAGAGCCUCAUUCUGAAGGUCAAAGACGUGAGCGAGGCUCCAACAGGAAAUGUAGCCAUCUUGAAGCAAGGUAAUGACGGGUUGAGACUGAUCACUCAUCUCCCGUUAUUCCUACAGGAACAGCUCCUGUGUGGGACGUCAGACAACACAUUGGCGACAGAUUUUGAUUUUAAUUUGUCUGUAGAUUACAAUGACAAUCCACAGGCUUGUGCAAUUUCGGUUGAUCGUAGUCUAGACAAUAACGAUAACCUCAAAGAUGUUGAAGAGCUGGCGACGUCAUUAACAUUGGCAACUAGCCAAGAUGACUCAGCGCCACCACGUGCUCCCACUGUUGAUUUAACAGAAGCAGACGAUAACACUAAACAUUCAGAAACGUCUGAACCAAGAGAUGGUUCGGAUGAUCUGCAGACUCUAUUCGACUUCAGCGAUAGAAGAACAUUGUUGAGCGCACAGAUGCUACCAGAAACGGCUCUGUCUAGUAAUGCAAACAGCAGCAAAGGCAGUGUUGAAGUUUUACCCAGUACCAAGACGAAUUUACCAAAUAACAUAAAUAACAACAAGAGCCACGAUGUCGAAGUUUUACCCAGUUUCGCGACGUCUUUUCCUAGUAAUGUGGACAACAACACUGUCCAUGGCACCGAAGUGUCACCGUCCUUUAAUACAACCGUAAGCAGUAACAACAACAACAACAACAACACAAACAAUGGUAGUGAGCUACCCAGUUCCACGACAUUCCUUCCACUUCAUUAUGAUGAUGAUGAUGAUGGCGGUGUACGGAAGGUAACAAAUGAUGCGUCAUUCAAGCGAGAAAUAGUUCUCUGGCUGUCGCAGGUGAUCAUUGAUGUCUGGUGGAAAGUGGGCAUCUACCUGGGAUUCUCAAACCAGUUCCUUACAGAGUACGAUCAUCGACUACACACUGGACCUCUGGAAAAGUCAAAACUGCUCUUAACGGGAUAUUUCCAACAGACUGAACACCAAGAGGACCUGGGUCUGAGAAAACUAGUGGACACCUUACACAACGUGCACAAGAGUGACGGCAUUAACUGCAUCAUCGAACAUCUACAGGCAUAUCAGCAGAUAAUAAAAAGAAGGAAUAACGACGAUCAUCAUAACAGUAGCCGUUUUUCCAGAUGGGUUGUAUCUCAGGAAAUAUCAAAGGCUACUUUGUUUCAACAGUUUGAUAUGCCAGCUCCUAUAUCAGAUGAAUUUCUAGUUAAUCUCGUUUUGAGGCUGGAACCAAACUUUCUGCUCGGCAUCAAACUUGGUUUGACACACGCGGAAACAGAACAUAUUCGUCAAGAUUCUUCGUGUAUUGGUUUGGAGUAUAAGAUGUUUACGAUGUUGGUCAAAUGCAGACAGAAACAGGGCAACAAAGUUAGCUUCUUUAACAGCCUUCUACAGACACUUAAAGAGCUGGAGCUAAACGAAACCAAAGAGUGGAUCAUGGAAUACACUAAGAAAUGGUCGGAUAAUGUUUCGGGAAUACAAAAGGGCUUUGCCAGACAGCUAUUGGACAUUGUUCGAAGAUAUAGUGAAUAAAAUGCGGACCAGUAGUAACAUAAAAUCACCAAAAUUAAAACACAUAAAGUCAUACUACAAACUCCACCCAAUAGCCGAUGUGUAUUCUUGUCCUGGGGUGUCGUUAAUAAUUAAUUCACUCUAAACUGUGUUUUGUGAAAAUACUAUUUUGUCACAAAUUACAAAAAAGAAAGGAAUGGUUGUUUAAUAAUGCAGCACGUUCGGACGUGAGAGAAUACACCUAUAGCCAUAGAGGUACAUUCUUUAUUAAAAUCUACGUUUCGUAUGUGGAAUUAUAGAGAACUGUGCAUGUUUUAAACCAUGACUAGAAAGGGAGCAAGUACAUUGUCAACGAGUCUAAAGAGUUUCGAAAUCGUCUUAUAAAGAGCAAAUCUCUGUAAAGAUACUGGAGACGUCAAAUAUACAUGUGCCAUUCAAGUAUGUGUGUGCGUGUGCGUUUUGUGUAUUUCUAAGAUUGCGGUUUCUCUGUGACGUUGUGCACGGUAUUGUUACGUUAAAACCGUUGAUAAAAUAGGCAGUUUUUAAGCGUUUUAAUUGUGUGUGCGUGCGUGCGUGCAUUCGAGGGUGUGUAUGUUUGUGUCUGUCUGUGUGUCUAUUUAGUGCCUUUCCUUUUCACACACUCUCAGCUCUGUGUUUCAUAAUAUAGGCAGCGACUCAAAAUUCACAAGAAAAGUUGCAAAUCUUAGAACCAGGCAUGUACUCUACUUCGAUCUUCUAAUGUCGUGUUUCAACGAGGCAUAACGAAUUUCUACCAAGCUAAAAUAUUAGACGUAUGUCUCAAGUGAAAAUUACGCACAUGCAUAGACAUCCACCAGUACAUUCAUGUUCAUGGAAAUUGACCAUCAACACAAGGCAUAAGACAGAAAUACUAGUCCGGGAAAUUAGAUGUCCGUUUAUUAUACUCUGCAAUUUGCACGAGCUGCCAGAAAGACACGAGAAGAAAAGUGAGGUUUUUGCAGUCUUCCCUCCUAGUGUGAUGGAUAAGUGUACGAGUCUCUUAACAUUAUUGUGGGUUCAAAUCUCCAUGUCAAAAAAUAUUUUUAAGUUUGAGUAUCAACUUCUUUUUUUUUUACGUCAUAGACUUGUGGA